CAAGUAAACCAAAUAGGCUAACUGCCUACAAACGUAUGUCAAAUAAAAUGUUAAGGUUUCUAUCACGACGUCGGGGCCGUAGUGUCAGUGGGCAAACUACGUCGUCCCAAAUUAAAAAUCAACGUUUGCUCAGCAAUAAGAAUGUUGUCCAAUGCAGAGUUGUUUUGCUCGAUGGCACAGAUCUGCCUAUAGAGUUGUCUAAAAAGGCAUUGGCUAGUGAUUUGUAUGAACAAGUUUUUUAUAGCUUAGAUUUAAUAGAAAAAGAUUAUUUCGGAUUGCAAUAUACAGAUAGCAACAAUGUUCAACAUUGGUUGGAUCCAACUAAGCCUAUAAAGAAACAAGUAAAAAUUGGUCCACCAUAUACUUUACGGCUUAAGGUAAAGUUCUAUUCAUCAGAGCCUAAUACUUUACGCGAAGAGUUAACAAGGUAUCAGUUCUUCUUGCAAUUGAAACAAGAUGUUUUGGAUGGAAAACUUCAUUGCCCCCAUCAGGUUGCUGUUCAAUUAGCUGCCUUAGCUCUGCAGUCUGAACUUGGAGAUUAUGAUCCUGCCAUACACAGUGCGGCUACAGUAUCCGAAUUUCGUUUUGUACCAGGUCAAACAGAGCAAAUGGAACUUGAAAUACUCGAAGAGUAUGCUAAAUGUUCGGGCCUUAGUCCUGCCCAGGCCGAAUCGGCUUAUCUUAGUAAAGCUAAAUGGCUGGACAUGUAUGGUGUUGAUAUGCAUACUGUGCUUGGAAAAGAUGCGUGCGAAUACUCGUUAGGAUUGACUCCAACUGGAAUUUUAGUUUUCGAAGGAACGCAAAAGAUAGGUUUAUUUUUUUGGCCUAAAAUUGGUCGCCUAGAUUUUAAAAAGAAAAAAUUGACGUUAGUUGUUGUAGAAGAAGAUGACGAAGGUAGAGGAGAACAGGAACAUACGUUUGUAUUCAGAUUGGUAAAUGAAAAGGCCUGUAAACAUUUAUGGAAAUGUGCCGUAGAGCAUCAUGCUUUCUUUCGAUUACGUGCUCCCGUCAAAGGUGCUAGUGGACGUCAAAAUUUCUUCCGUAUGGGUUCACGUUUUCGUUACAGUGGUAAAACUGAGUUUCAAACGACUCAAUUGAACCGAGCUCGUAGGACUGUACAGUUUGAGAGACGUCCAAGUCAGAGAUACGCUCGUCGACAGAGUCAUGUCUUAAGGGAACGUCAACGGCAACAAACGGAGCAACCGCAACAACCACAGCAACCCGCACCACCUGCCGCUGAAGAAGAAUCUUUGCAGCGGCAAUCAAGUCAAUGCAGUACAAAAUCUUCAGAUUCCAGUGUACACGCUACAUCCUCACCUUUGGUAGACUCUCUGUUAAAAUCACUUGCCAAAGAUCAACAGCCUUUGGAGCCUAGAAAUCAGACAACGAUUGCCGCCACUGAAAAAGAGUCUGAACCAGUCAAGAGUAGUUUAAUCAUUGAAAACAUGACUAAUCAAACGUCAUUAGUGCCAAAUAAUCAAGUUGGUGGUACCUCUUCGCUGCCUCCUCGUACGCCUAUUCCACCGGAAUCGCUCAAGUGCAAUAUUUUGAAAGCAAAAUCCCUUGAGCAAGGGAAGAAUUCUAAUUUGGUUUCAAUUACUUCUACCGAUGCACCUACGGUUGUUACUAAGAAUAACCAGCAUUCUGAUGCAGCAACAAUUGUAUCUGUGGGAGGAGAUAAACUGACACUCUCUGUAAGUGGAGCUACAGUGAUGAAUCCGUCUGCAGAGGAUAAUGUGACUGUAACACAUUUCUCUUUAGACAGUUGGGGUCAGAUUGAACAAAAAACCACACAGUUAAAUCCUAAAGUUUCCAAUCAGUCUCAGAAUCCGUUUAAUCCAUUCACUAACGAUAAUAGCAACGAAAUUAUUACUAACUCUUCUGAAACUGUAGAAGAAGAUACGAAAACGGAAGAAGAAAAGAAAAUGAAUACGAAUCCGUUUAUAGACUCGAAUCCAUUUUUGGGUUUACUUAAUCCGUUUAAAGAAGUACAGCCUACUACUGAAAAGAAAACUGAAGGAGAGACAGAAAAGAAUGGAGCAAGAGUUGUGAAAACUGAAGAGAUACAAACGACCACUACAACUCUUACUCAUAAGGAUGACAAUACAGCGGUUUCUGAUAUCAGUCCUUGGUUAGUAGCUGAUCCUUUGCAAACUACAGCAAUAGAUCAAACACCGAUCAAACAUACUGUAAUUACGAGGAAAACAGUAAUUACAACUCAGCUUUAAAAUUAUUAUUCAUGGAAUAAUGAUGUACGCGGAGAAGGUGAUAAUGCUUUUAAAGAGAAUCAAGGAAUUAAAAAAAUCCCGUCUUCCGUGAGCUACUUAAAGUGCCUACAAUAUUACAUUGCCUAAUGAACCGGAUAAUGCAAUCAAGCUAAAAAAUAAUUUCAAAUUUUCGUGGGACCAAUUAAGUGGUUGUACAAUUUUUAAAUGUUGAUUUUCAAUACGAAAUAAUUUCAUUCUGUGAAUUUUUCUGAUGAAAUUAUACGCUCAGAACAAACUUUUAUAAAAUCGUAUACAUAAUAUUACAUAUGUAAUAACAACGUCGAUACUCUUAAAUAUUAUAAAAGUAAUACGCGAAAGUUACAACAUUCCUUUGGAUUCAGUAAUUAUGCAGAAAUAUUACUUCGUGUUUAUGCAUUUACUAUCUAUUAAUUUCUGUUUAUGCAUUUUUAAUCAUAGUCUGCCAUGUUAUUUAAUUGUGUUCUGCAUUUAUUGUUAAAUAGGAUAGUUUAAUUUUACAAAGAGAGAAGUGUUUUCGCACCCUGUCAAUAUUAAUAAGAACAUACAUGGUAAAAAAAAGAUAUCUGUGGUGCUCCUACAAAAAUUAAGACAUCGAAUUAUGUUCUCAUUUCUCGCUUAAUUGUAUAUUUAUGCAUAAUUGAACAAACUUUACAUAUUGCUGAUCAUUCGCAAUUGAAAGUGUUUAAAAUUUCUGAGAUAGUAUUUCCUACUUGCCAUAGUGCCUUUAAUGAUAAGUAGAAAAAAAAAGGCUAAUCAAGUUUAUAUUCAUUCCUAUUGAUUAAGUUUUUUAACUACUAUAAAAACGUUUUGUUGUUGAAAAUACCUUUAACCACAGAAAUAUGUACAUUAUUAUUGAUAUAGUACAAUUAGUUCAUAAAAAUGAUCUAUUAUAUUACUCGCAAUCAGUGAUACAUUUCCAUAUGAAUGAAUUGAAAUUUUUGUAAACUUAUAUGUAUUUAUAAUACGGUAUUGCAUGCUUUAUUGUACUGUGUAAUAGCAUUGUAUCACUGAAAUAUUUUUCGUCCUUGUAAUUUUUAUUGUUUCUGUAGAUGUGAUGUUUUGUAACUGACAUAUCAGUAUUUUAUAAAAGUUAUCUUUUUUUUUAAUAAGUAAUACAAUAAACUGCGGAAACUUAAUUGUAAAAAUCAAAAUAGCUUAAGGAAUUUUCUUAGAAAAAAUAUAUAUGUUUCUUAGAUUCAUUGUAUAAAUUUGAAACAUCUGAAUUUCAUUGCGAAGAUCUGACGAAGUUUAUUGUAUUACUGAAUUUGUUAUUUGUAAUUUAUUUAAAGGACAGCUGAACAAAUUAUGGAAAGUAAAUUAUAAAAUAUAUGACCUGCCUGGAUGAAAUAUAUGUAAAAGGCUGUUGAAGUACUUAUUGUAUUCCAUGUACGAGCAUUUACGAAAGUAGUUUGACAUUUUAUGUAUUUAAAUAUAUUAUAUUUAAUAUUAAUAAGCAAAGUACAUAUAAUA